UGCUGGUACCAAGAAAUAAUCCCGAAGUGAUAGGUCCUAUGGCAAAUCUUGAAGUGAAAAUAAGCGAAGAUGUCAGCGUUUUUAAAGUCGUUGGGCCUGUCAGGAAGAAGAGUUUUGGGCGCUUAUUUACGCUAUCAUUCUUCUCUAACUGCUGAAUUGAUUGAAAACAUGGAUAAGAAAGCAACCUGGGACCGCUUCUACGCCGAGACCAGCAGCAGGACACCCACCUUCAAAAACUUUGAGUGGUUUUUCGGUUUUGAAUCUGUCCGAGAUGUCAUUAUGCCCCUCUUGCAAACCAUGUCCCGCCCAGAUGCUGCACUCCGCGUCGUGGAUAUGGGCUGUGGAACAUCAGCCUUAGGACCCUCUAUUUACAGACACUCUCCUGUCUCUGUCCAUGUCACUUGUGCUGACAUUUCCCCCAUUGCUGUGAAACUAAUGCAGGAACACAUUCAAGCUAAAGCCAUUCAACCUCACAGUCUUUCUUCUCAAAUUGAGUUUAUAGAGCUGGACUGCACACAACUUGAUAAACACUUUAGUGCUAGCACUGUGGACCUUAUAGUUGAUAAGGGUACUACUGAUGCCUUGUUGAGGUCCAGGGAAGGGAAAGAGAAGGCUAGCCUGGCCUUAAAGCAGUGUUUAAGGGUGUUGCGGAAUUCAGGGUCUUUGCUCCAGUUUUCUGAUGAGGACCCUGAUUCCAGGCUUCUUUGGCUGGAGACAGCUGCACAGGAUCUGGGACUGAUGACCGCGGAUGUUGGGGUGCAGGAGGUUGGGGAGUUAAGGGGUGUCCAGUACUACUGCUACCAGGUGACACCUCACCUUGUUCUAUAGCUGUAAUGUUUUACUCCAGUAAAUAAGAAC